AUGGAUGUCACAUCAUAUUUCUCAUCCCAGUCCGUCUCAUCCAGGGACAAUCUCAACUGGGUUUUCCUUGUUGAUUGGAUUCUGGCAUUCAUAUCAUGCAUAGCUGUUAUAUUCUUCUUCAACAGGGCCAUGGCAUGGGCUGUCAGCACUUCACUCAACUUUGUGCUCUGGAAACGACAUAAGGUGAGGUAUAAGGUGCAAUCCUUCAAAAUAUCGUACCUCGGAGGAAGAGUGUUCUUCAAGAACUUGACGGUUAUAUCUGACAAUCAGAUAGUCUUCAUACACCAGGGCUGGUUUACCUGGAGAUACUGGCUAAACGCCUCACGAAAAUCCGACUACAUCUUUGAUCGAGUUUUCAAAUCUGAAGGAGAUGCUGAAAAUCUCAGAAGCCCGUUUAACGAUUCGCUUCCAGCCCGGUUUGCUCUGGAGGCGUAUGGUUUGGAGAUCUUCAUGUACAAUAGAACCGAGGUCUACGACAAUAUCCUGAACUUCUUGAAUAAACACGAUGUCGAGACCCCAGACGAUUCGGCUGAUGAAAAAGAAGGGAAUGUCGGCUUGAGGCAGCGAAAACAUGUCAAUACUGAUAUACAUGAUGUUCCCCGAACUGUUGCACCAAUCAUUGAGGGAAUGAACGAGCUCAAGAUCAACCGUAAUCUGGGUCCAUAUUCGUUACUGAGAACAUUACCCAUUGAGUUAAGCAUCAAGAAAGCAUCCUUAGUUCUGGGAAACGAGAACACAAGUUCUCUUGUGGUCUCUUCAUGUUCAGGAAUUACGGGAGAGCUUACGAUUGCUCCAUCCAAAUGUUCUUUGGAUUACUACAAGAUUGUGUCGAAUCUGAAGUUGCAAAAAUUCCAGAGCUUUAUGAAACCGAACAUUUCUAGCACCAAGAAUCUAACACCGACCAGUAUUGAUGCCAUACGGGCAUAUAAGCAAAAACGUCGUUUGCAACGGCUGAGGAGGUUUCUUGGAUCUGUGGUUCUCAAAAUUGUACACAAAAGGGAUAGGAAGACCCUCGAGCGCGAUAACUCCCAAAAGUACGAAGAGAUGUGGCCUGGUUUGAAAAGAUACUUACUGGACGACAACCAGGAUGUGAGAACUUACCAUUAUCAGAGUUUUGAGUAUGCCAAGUUCUCUCAGAUUCUCGAAUCUGACUACAUGCACUUGGUUUACUACUAUGACGUACCGGGAGUAGUUCCACAGAACCCUCCUCCCACGCUUGCUAGCGAUGGGCCUGAUGUCAGAAAUGGAGGUCCUCCCCCCAUGGCUGGUAUGGAUAUUCGUCUUUCGAAGCCCAUAUUUCACUAUGGUCCGUGGGCUGAGCGCCAGAGAAGCACGAUCCACAAGGCAUUCUUUCCUUCCGCUUGCAGAGAUGCUCUUGCGUUUGAUAAGCUUAAGCCUGGCAGCGACAGAAUAUAUACUGGUUUCCAGCUCAAGGCGGAAAUAGUUGACUCGGGUAUAUUGAUUAUUCCAUUCAGAGAAGGAAGCAAAAAUCCGCAGUAUCACGACCAAGCUAGCACUGAGCAUGAUAGUGGGGAAACAAAUUCAAUCAGACCGUUUGGUUGGCUUGAACUGGGGCUAGGAAAAGGAUCUAGUAUCCAUUCCCAUGUCUCCUACGUGCCGACUCCUGAUGGUUGGCAAAAUCACAUGGAUAUUAAGCUCUUGACUCCUAAAUUGAGCUCUAGUGUGAAUCAUGAUGUUUUCUUUAGCGCCAAAGAACACUCUGUUUCCUGUGAUGUCGGUUAUCCUUUGAAAUGGAACGGACCUACUGUGUGGACUUUUAACAAUCAUUCCUUAGAGGCAAAUACCUUUUUUCUGAGAGAACAUGUGACUUUGAUUGUUGAUAUGCUUGACGAUUUUGCUUCGGGAGAUCCUGUUCCUUAUGAGCUAUUCAGACCUUUCACGUAUAAAGUCAAAUGGAACAUCAGUCUGUUUGCAAUAUAUCUGAACAUUAACGAUUUCAACAUCAUUGACAACUCCACAGACUUCAAUGAUAACUCUUUUGUCUCGUUUCAAGGUGAAGACUUUUUUUUGGACAUUGAAAUUCCCCUCGAUGCUGUGGUUAGGACCUCAAACACAAUCACUUACAAGCUGAAGACAGACUUUUUUGAUCUAAGGCUUGAUACCCCACCUUGGCACACAACCAACAACUUUCUGAAACGGAGAACAGUUGGACGCGCGAAUAACUUCGAAAUUACGGGAUCGUAUACCUACUUCUCCAUGGUUGACAUCGACUCGGUGGAUAACAUCGUGAUUGCUUGUACCUGUGACGACACUACGUUGGAGUGCUACGGUUUUAUCGUGAGAUACAUAAUGGUGAUCAAAGAAAAUUACUUUGGUGACCAUAUUCAUUUUCAGACUGCUUCCGAGUUUACCGAAACUAAAGCGAAGGGCUCAAUGGAUAUGCUCAAAUCUCAAUCUGAAGAGCUUCCAGCAACCACUGCUUAUAGAACAGAGAACGAGACAGACGUGCUAUUCUCUUUUUGCGUGAAUAAUGGCUCAUUGGUUCUUCCAGGCCAUUUGUAUGACUGUGAGUCUCACGUGGCUCUCCAUUUUUCGUCCCUUGAUAUCGAUAUUAGGUUCACCAACUACUACAUGGACAUGCAGGCGGAUUUCUCGCCCGUAUAUGCAAGGCUUGUGAAAGACUGUGAUCCCGAAGAAAUUUUCAACGUUAUUAUAAAGGAGCCAAAAUUCAAGCCCGAACUCUUCAUUGACUGCCUUUCGGUCCAUGGACACAGAAUGUUUGGUAUACCACCGGCAGAACCCACAUAUUUUUGCAAGUGGGACUUUGUUUCCGGAAAUAUAGUAAACCAUUCCAGUUGCGAAUUCAUUGAUGGUCUGAGUAAGGCAAUCUCAAACCUGGGAUUUGGAUAUAAGGAUGUUGAGAAUGCUCUCAUUGCUGGAGAAGAGGUUAUCCAUGAUGCCGUUGCCUUGGCUUUCACUUGCCCCUUAGUUGACCUCAAUUUGAGAACUGGAGAUGAUGUUCUCAAGUGUACACUGCAACCAAUUGACUUCAAGUUCAAUGAUUUAUCUAAUGAAAGAUACACUGGUCGGAUGUCACUUGAUAUCCCAAGCAUUAUCGUGACUUCUUUCUGCGUACUCAGCAGUGAUAAGCUAACCAUGGCUUUCGAAACGUCAUUGAAGCUAACUGAUUUCGUUCAAAAGGAAGACAUGGAUUUGAAAAGACAGUUGCAGCAAAAGCACAUUCAACUGCAUGACGGGCCAUUUCACCGUUCUCCAUUUAUUUUGGCGAGAGCGAAUCGUGCAGGAAAAAAUAACACAUAUUCACAAAGUUAUGGGAGUAUUAAACCUUCUUUUUCGAUCCCUGAUUUGCCAUGGCCGCUGAAUGAGCAGACGGUGGAUAUACUGAUCGAAGACUUUCCAACAGAAAUGAUGAGUGCUUUCUCUGAUGGUGGAUCAAGCUCCUCUUUCACGUCGUUUGAGGACUCUGAAUCGGAUUUGAGGGAUUUCGCGGUCAAUAAACCUAUUAUGGCUGGCGAUGGUUUUCGUCCGGUUUUGGAAUACGACGAUCGUGAUUACACUCCCCAAAUCAAGCCAGACCCCAAAUACGAGUUUGACAACAUCAUUGUAAAUGUUGGGAGUAUCAGGGGAUUUGCUUCACCAGAGUCGUGUUCAACACUGGUUGAUAUUAUGCAUGAUAUGGACAAUUUUGAUGUCAAAGGGGUAAUGGAUUCCCUUCAUAUUGACAUCAUUGACGCUGUCAUGAGACUGCACUCCACAAAAUGCGAGGCAUUCAACAUUCGUGUAGUGAAUCCCGUGCUCAGCUUCAGAUUUGGCGAGUUUAAUGCUUCCAGUAUUGAUGAUGUCUUUGAUUCUGGCAGCAAGCUUCCUGACCAUUUGGUUCUGGAAAUAAUGAAUCCCUCCUUAGUUGUUUCCAAGAAAGUGACCAGAUCAAGAGUACAGGUCAAAUCGGACUUGGUUGGUAAAGUCGAGGAAAGCCUAACCGGGGCUCUACAUCUUCGUGAGGUUGUGCUGGGAAUCAGGAGAGCUGAUGCAGUCAGAGCGGAAAACGAAGAGUUGGUCUUUCGCUGUUCUCUACAAGAUCUUGAGUUUUGGUUUACAGAUGACGAGACGGACGGUUUUACUGGAUCCCUGAACAUCAGAAUAUGGGACAAUGCGAUUGAGUCGUUGUAUUUGGCGUGGCUAGGACAGUAUCUGUCGGAGCUUCAUGCGCUGGGUGUUGCACUUGGGAAGAGACAUAAAGCGUUAGCUGAUAAUGUUCGUCUUUCCAAGAUUGAUCUUAUGCAUUUGGUUUCGGCUGCUAGUGUUGAUCACAAAGUGCUGCAUGAUCCCUCUGUGAUCACUAAACCAUCUAAUGUCAUUAGGACAUCGAAAGAUCAUAUUCGGUAUCAGGACAGUUGGAAGGUGGUCACUCGUCUUCGCCAUGUGAUUGAUAGUGUCCCUGAGAGCUGGCGCAAACGCACAGAUGCUUUGUUCAGAGCUUGCAAAUGGGAUGCUGACUCUUCUGCUAGGGCAGAGGUUUUGGAAGUGUUUUCUCGUUGGAGAACAUGGGAGUUUUCGAACAUCGAACACAGUUAUAUUUUCAGGUUUGUGUUUGGUGGCCUUAAAGAUACUCCGGUGAAGGGUUCUGCAGUUCAGUUCACCCUAGAAAGUUUUGCCUUGAGAUUGUCUGCCUAUGACUUGGAGGACGAUUAUAUUCGCCUCGAUUACGUCUCUUUGGGAUUUAUGAAGACCAUGAAGAAAGUGGACGAUGCCUUCAAGAAGCUGGUGCCAGAUACACACCCAGAUAUUCAUCAUAUAGAUAUCACUAUGGGCUUGUCCUAUCUUCGAAGCAAGUUCAGUCUGCAUUGCCUGCGAUUGAAGGAUUUCAUGGAGACAUUCAAGCCGAUAGCGGAUCACAGUGAAGUUCAAGAAGUCCAAAUCAAGGACGGUAUACCCUCCAGCUUCAGUUUCAGUUGUUUCCUUGAAACAUUUGACAACAAGGUCGAGUUAAGUCAAAUCGCUUCCAACAUUAGUGGUACUGGCCUUACCAUCUCAGCAUUUGCUUUGAUUCCUGAGCUGAAAACUGAUCCUAUGCCUUUAAAUGUGUCACUCGAGUCAGAAUUGUUCUCUACAGAAGUUCAUUUGAACAACAUGACACUCAUGGGAAGUGCAGUGAAAGGCGGAAACAUGUUUUUCUCAUCGGUUGGUCCUAUUGAGACUGGGCUGAAAAAUGUCCUAUUGCAAGCAGAAUCGAUAAAACUUUCGGCAGGAAAUGAUACUGAUGAUUAUGUGGCCUUUGUGGCUGCUGUGCUGGAAGAUGAGUUACCUAGGUUUGACGACAUCAGGGCGCUCAUCUCCAAAUCUCAAAAGCCCGAGCUGUCUCCGCUAAGCUCUUCAUCAGAGCAUGGUUUGCUUGAUUUUGGAUUUCCCUUAUCUAUCAAAAUUGAAACCAAGAGUAUUGAUGCUAAGGUACAACUUCUCACCCCGCUGAGAUACGUGAUAUUGUCGCAAAAUUUUGUGUUCAAAGGUCAAGUUUUGCAGGGUAUAUUUGUCUCUGACCUUUCCGUGACCAAAGCAGCUUCCAGUCUACAAGCGAAUAAUCCGAAUGGCUCCGGCCACACCUUUGUGCGGGCUGAUCUCAGCAAGUUUUCUGUUUUCCUUCGAGUGAAAAGUGACCCAGCACUGCUUUCUGUUGAGUCGUCCAUCAACAUGGAACACUCAAGGUUGUCGUUUCCGAAGGUUGUUGAUUCGACCAGACUAUUCUAUGAUAUUCAUGAGCAGAUUUUUGACAAUGUCAACAAACUUAAGAUGGCUAUCAACAGGAUUUCAAAGCAGCUAAAUCCGGAGAGCACAAACUCUUCACCCAGUGCCAGUUUGCCUUCUAUCGUCUUUAAAGUGGAAUCUUUGGCUGAAUAUAUGGCAAUCGUUGUUUCUGGAUCCUCUUGUGAGCUAUCACUGGAAAGCAGGAUUGUCAGCCUGUCUUGUUGUAACUAUACUUUCAAUGAUGGAGAGAAGGCUGCUAUAAACAGGGUAAGACCUCAUGGUUGGAUCAAGUUUCCCUCGACUCGUCUUGUGGUGGCUGGUUCAAAUCUCCCACACAACAAAUUUGAGGUCAUGGAGGUGGAUUUCGAGAUGAAGUUGCUUGAACCUGAGAAAGAAGACCAGAGGUAUCAAUCAUUCCAGAUUCUUUCGCAAUGGUGUCGCUUUGUGCUUAGUCCGUCUGUGCUCAUCAAAUUCCUCGUCUUAGGUCAUGAUUUAAGAGAAGCACUCUUACCCUUUCUUGACAAGAAAUCGUCAGAAAAGAUAUCUGAGCCUGUUGUGAAAAAGAUCGAACCUUCCGAAUCAAUGUGGUCUUCGUUCUCUUUGCACAUGCUGUCUCACAACAUGUGCAUUGGUUGGCUCUUUGAAGAAGGAAUGAUGGAUGUGGAAGACAUUCCAGGGUUGAUAGCAGGCUACGAAAAAGCCUACAUCACCAGCGCAAAGGGCAUGGGCAAAGUGUCGAUGGUUGGAGCAUAUCUUUCCAGAGCCCAUGGUGAUCAGCCUAGUAACUUCUACAGCACCUCGAGUGAGAUUGACAAGCUAGAUCGUGCUUUUUUCCCGGGAUUUCAACUGACGUAUGUCAUUGCGUUCACUGAUGAGGGAAAGCGAAUCAGAACCCGCCUGAAGGGUGAACAGCUUGAUUUCAGAGUUCAUUCUCGAUCGCUGCUGCUACUGGACAAGAUGUGGCGAUCUUUCACCGCUGUGGAAAAGGUGAUCAAACAGUUGGAGAAAGUAGCCACUCCUAGGAAACACAUUCAGCUUUCUUCCACUGAAAAAACUGAGGAUCUUGCCACCAGUCUGGGUAUCAACUUCAUCGAUUGCCUCAUGACAUUUGAUGGAGCCAGUAUCUCUAUCUCGCGCCCUGAUCUCUCGACGGAAGACGAAAAAGCUUCGUUGUUCUUACGUGCCCCGGCUGUCAACAUAGCCGCGGAAUACCACAAGGCCUCUAAGGGAGGAAAACAUGUGCUCAAAUGGGAGGUUUUGACCUCUUCUUCGGAAAAUAUUCUUUACGCUGCCUGUGUUCCGGUGAUCCUGGACGUGUAUCGUGGAUGCAGAAGCCUGAUGAGAUCCUCUCAGUCGCCUUCUGCCGAAAUUGAGACUAGUCAAAAAGCAAAAUUGCCGUCUACAAAGUCAGGGUUUGAUAUCUCCAAUUUCGUGGACAUGUUUGAUAUAUGUUUUGCUCUGAGGAUAGAGCCUCAAACCCUAUCUCUUAGCUGUGAGCCAACUGCGAAGGUUGAAGCAAUUGUCAGUUUCGACGGUAUUGAUAUACAUUUCAAUACUAUAGAGUCCAAGGGUAUAUCUGGAGCAGUUGAGAUUGAAAAUGUGAUUAUCAAACUGCAGCACGUCUACUCUAGACAGACUAGUGGGUCCAUUGUGAUUGAAGAUUUCUUGCUGAGUGGAAUAAUGAAAAGCCAGAAGCAAGGAGAAAGCUUGGUCACGGUUGGUUCGAUCUCAGAUGUCAACGGUUAUGUGAACAUGACUCAAUUGCAAGAUUUGGAUCUGUUCCGCGACAUUUGGAUGCCAAAUGAAUUCUUUGAGCAGUAUGUUGCUGUAGAUGAGGAAGUUCUAGACGACAGCGCUGAUCCAAAGACAUUUGCAGCCAGGGUCAAAGAAGUGUCUUCUACAGCAGCAUUUCCUUGGUUCCUGAACUUCAACGUACUGAAUGUUGGUUUCACCGUUGAUCUAGGCAAAUCACUUGGGGUAGUUACCUUGAGUCUCGACCGGGUCUGGGCGUUUUCGAGAAAGACAAUUGACUGGGAGCAAAACUUCAAGCUUGAGUUCAACAACUUCAGGCUCACUUCCAAAGGACGUCUAGGUGGAGAACUGGAGCUCAACAAGCUCAGGCUCCAUUCCGCAAUUGCGUGGGAACGUGAUCACGAGAGUAUUCCAUCUGUUCUGUUAUCUGCUGGUUUUGACAGUUUGCAGGCCAAGGCUUCGUUCGAUUUCCACACCUUUUUCAUUGCAGACAUUCAGACAAUUGGUGUCAAAGUAUAUAACCAGAAGGGGGUGGGUGUUCUUGAUAGUCUGGUGGCAUCAGGGCAUGUUGGAUCUAUCCAGUUGUUUUUAACGGCGCUUUCCGCUUCGAACUUUCUGGAAAUCUACCAUACCGGUCAAAGGAUGCACCAUGAUAUCAAUCUUUCCUACAACGAGGUGCUUCAUGAUUCUGCCAUGUUGAGACACGAUGAUCUUCGCAAUACGACCAAUUCUUUGACUAGGGCCAGAUCAGUGAUUUUGAACCAUCACGACCUAAAUAUGAAAUCAAAGAAGAAAGCGGUACAAGAUUUCGCUCAUGCAAUCGUCAAGUUGAAAACAGCGCUUGAUGUCUCAGUGGAAGCCAUCGACAUCCACAUAUAUCCAAGUUCUCUUCUUGAUAGCCAAGUGCUAGUGAUGCAACUGGGUUCCGCAAAUGCUGCUUUUACUCAGGAUCAGGAAGAUAGAGUUGCUAGCAAGUUGAACUUGAAGUUGAAGGACGUUAAGGUUGCUCUUUCCACAGUGAAGAACAGUGCACCAGAAUCGGCCCUUCAAGAGGUUGAGAUUUCGAAGUACGUGAAACAUGCCAAAACUGCCAAAGGAGGAACCAUCUUCGUGUUUCCAUCGUUGGCUGUUUCCAUGAGUACAUGGCAGCACAAUAACUCUAACACGGUUGAGUACAUCUAUGAGUCAUCAUUUGGCGGAAAAGUCGAUGUUCGCUGGAAUCUUGGUUCCAUUAACUUUAUCAGAGAAAUGUGGACUGUUCAUGCGAAUGCUCUUUCGACCAGACUCAACACUAGACGUCUUUCGACAUUGGGAGAGACCGACGGAGAGGAAGUCAUGAACAACUCAACGGUGCUCUCGAUCUUUGAAACCGUGAAUAUCGAAGAUCGUCUCAAAAACGUUGAAGAGGAUAAACAAUUCAUUUACGUCCCCAUAGUCUCUCCCAGAAUCGAGACUCCCCAAUUGAAAGAACUGGGUGAUGCUACUCCACCAUUGGAAUGGUUUGGACUACACAGAGACAAGUUCCCCAACCUGACCCACCAGGUAAUUAUCAUGGGAUUGCAGAAGAUAGUGGAGGCUGCGGAGACCCAAUAUGCCAGGGUUUUGAAGUGA